UAUAUGUCAUCAGUAAGAAUUUGCAGUAAUUUUCAGGGGGCUAGUUUUUCCCUUUAUUCAUUGAAUUAAACGCAAAUAAAAGUUUAUAAAAACAGCGGAAUUAAUUUGUUUUUCAAGUGAUACCAUAUUUGGAAAUCAUUUUCAAUAUGGUUAGUUAUUAUUAACGAAGUAUCCUCUACUCUGUUGUAGAUUCUUUGUUUAGAUCCCUUGUAAAAAUUGCAUAAAAUGUCUUGGUUCUUCGGAAAGAAAAAACAUCAAAAGGAUUCACCUCCAGAUACUCCGGAGGAGGCAAUACCUGUUGAGCAAGGAGAUGAUUUUAUUUUUAUUGAGAGACGUAAUCCAGGUGGAAAUAUUGGGGAAAAUGAUGCAAGGGGAGGAAAUAAUUUAUAUCCUUCGAUCAGUGGAUUGCCAUAUUAUCCGCCAUUACAACAAAAUAAAAUUCAACAAAAUCCUCAAGUUGAUAAUCAAAACAAUUACAUAAAUGGUAUACCAUUUAAAUAUAGUAAAGAUUUUGAGAGAUCAAUUUUAAAUGACAUGGAUAUUGAUAGACUUCGAGUCAAUGAAAUUUUGUCCUAUAUCGAGAGAAUACAAAAUGAAGAUACUGAAUACAGUUUUCAAGUAGAAAAAAGUGUUAUCGCAGAAAUGGAUUGUGCGAGUAACUGAUAUAAGUCGAUAAAUAAUUUCAAAGAAAACGAAGACGAAAAUCGAAUUAUUUGCACAUUAUUUACAAUAACCAUUGUCCUAGUAGUAACAUUAAUUAUAGUAUUGAUAAUUAUAAAUGAAAACGAAUUUUCUUAACUGAAAUUAACAAUAUUUUUGUUGCUCAAGUUUUAAUAAUUUCCUGUUAUUUUUUUUUUUUUUUUUUUGUAACUAUAACAAUAACAACUUUUGACUGGUUUUUCUUAGUUUAAUUUAAAAAAUCUACUUAUUUAAAAUUAAGAGGUGAAAAAUAUUUUUACAUUCACCAUAAAAUAAGACAUGUUAAAUUAUCAUGGCAAAAAUAUAUUCAUUUAAUUAAUAAUUAUAAAUUAACUAUAAUUAUUAAUUUAAAAAAAUAAUUUUAGUCACGAUAGUUUUUUUUUCUUUCGAAAGAAAAAAAUAAUUUUUAAGUUAAUUAGUCAAUUUUAAUUUGUAAUUCUGUUAUCUGUAUAUACAUAAAUAUUUUAUAUUUGAAUAUUUUAAUGAACAAACAAAUGUCAACUAGUUAUUAAAUAGAAAAUACUUUUGUAUAACGCGGAAUAUUCUUAUGUUGUCUUAGGAGAGAAUUUCAUUGAAUGUAAUUAUUAGAAUUCGCCAUAUUUUAUUAUAGUAUAAAAGCUUGUA